AGAACGGAACACAGUUCAAGAAUCACGAUUCAGACUAAAACGUCUCCGCUCCUCCCUCCUGCGGGGAGAAGAGCAAGAGCGCACAGCGAACUUUUGCCUCGUGCCUGCAAAAAGACAAGCAGCUCAGAGACCAUUGCAACUUCGACUCGGACCCCAAGAAGAUCAAGGAGACACUCCGUCUCUCGGAAAUCCUCAAACGACACCGGAAAUGAGAUGGUCGCCACUGCCUCCGGAACGGUGCAAAUUUUGUUCGACUUCACGCGGGGCUCCGACCAGGCCGGAAGUUGGUCCGAACACUCGGAUACCGUGAAACCAUCGGGUAUGUCAAAGGCGGUGAUGGUUACGCAGAAGACGCAGCAGUUCCAGCGAGUGAUACUUUUCACCCUGUUCAACCCGCAGCCCAACGGAUCCGGAUUCGCGUCCGUCCGCUGCGACACCAGCUUUGAUCUCUCGGAAUUCAACAGCAUCACCGUACGCUGCAGAGGCCAGGGAGUUAACACCAAGUACAAAAUGCUCCUCCGGCACAAAGGACUCGGCAAAGACUCAGCCGUCUACGGUCAGAUAUUCGCGGCUCCCGAAAAGGAAUUUGCAACAGUGAGAUUGCCGCUGGCUGAAUUCAAGCCGUAUCAUCGCGGCAUGGAGCUCUCGUUGCAAACGAAUCCGCUGGAUGUAACGUCGAUCACCAAUGUUGGAUUAAAAGUGGAUAACGGGCAGUAUCUCCCGGAGAAUCAACCAGGUGUAGCAGCUCUUGAGAUUGAUUGGAUCAAGGCCACAAAGUCGGCUGCAACUUGAGUUGUUUGCAAAGAUAUCGUUAAUUGAAACGAGAAUUGCCUUAUUCGCUGUAACAGAGUGCGAUUUCAAUGUGAAAAAUUUUACGUAUUGGAUAAAUCGAAACGAUGAAUGCAGAUGUGUUUUAGUUGUUAAUUGCGAUGCUGAGGUUCAAUAUGAUACAUAUAUGGGUGAUUUGCACCUUCGUAUGCAAAAUAAAAACUAUAUUUGAAUUGGAAUUCAGACUGUUCAUGGAAUCCGA